UUCGAUUUCUCGAAAAGAUUGAUUAUUAUUCUUUUUUUUGAAGGAUCGUUUGUUCAUUGUUCUAAUUAGGGUUUGAUUUAAUUUAAUUCUGCAAGAAAGUUAUGAACCAAUCUCGUGCAAUUUCAUCUCCUGAUUUGGUUUCUCCCUCUACAAGACCAGAACAUCAUUACGAUGAUUCCGCAUUAGAAGGGGUGGCGGCAAAUAUAAAAUUACUGUUGAAACUAACACAGGACCACAAAGAAGCCUGUGACAAAGAGAAAAAUGACAGCCGGCGAAUGUUAAGGGUUGCCACAAUGAUGACAAUUCUUGACAAUGUAAGAGACAGAAUCCAAAAGUGUCAAUCCUUUGGCAACAUCAAAAGAACUUCCGAGGCGGAGCUCCGGCGGUGCAACACCGACUUGAGGCGGAAUCCGAUCCCGAGGGACAAGCGGCACCACCACGGCAUCGGCGGGGAACCGGUGGUGGAGGAUGAAAAGGAGCGCCUCAAGAGAGAGCUUGCCGCCAGCCUGGCGGCAAGAAAAAGCCUCCAGGUCAUGUGCUCCAGCUUGGGUAAAGAAAAGGAGAUCAUGGCUUGUGAGCUGUCGAAGAAAGUACACGAAAUGUGUGAAAUGGAGGAACUCAUCGAACACCUCAAGGAGAGAAACAACACGUUGCUCCAAAAAGUGCAGGAAUGCGCUUCCGAGCAUUAUAACGAGAGGAGAAACUCCGGUGGCGGCGUUGGCGGCGGCGGUGGCGGUGGACAAUCUCAGGCGGCCGCGACGGCGGCACUGCAAGAGCGAAACAAGGUUUUGUCGGAGCAGCUCUUGAAGUCGCUCGAUGGGUACCGAGCGAUGAAGAGGAGGCUCAAGCUAGUGCAGGAGGAGAACGUGACGAUGCAUGGGAUUAUGGACGAGAUGGGGGGCAAAGUCGUAAUUAGCAUCGAGAGAGUUAGGAGACUUAGGGAGCGUAUGAAUAAAGAGAGCGAGCCUUCGCCAGGUGGCGAUUUCCGGAGAGAGAUAGAGGCGUUGGAGAGGAUGUUCGAGCGGUUCCGAACGCUGGUCGAGAAACGUGAUAAGAAUUGUGUAAUUCAGCACAAGGGAGAGAUCAACGCUUGUAAACCGCCUUCUGUUCUAGCGUGA